CCAUCCUGUGCAGCUAACUUCACGUAUGAACAAACCGAGUGGAGAAGACGCCAUAAAUUUGUUGGCUCAAUUUCUGCAAAAUUACCUUGGAUUUAGUGGAAAAAAUGGUUUGUGUGUAGUUUGUGGUGGUAGACGAAGGAUCAGUGAAGCGAUUGCGACAAGUGAACAAGUGCAGAAAGAGACAGAGAGAGAGAAUGAGCUACAAUCCGAAGCCACUACAGGUGUCCUCAGUGGCGGCGCCAUCCAUUGCGCCGUCGGCUGAUGGACAGCCGGCUGGGCAGAAUGCACCGCAGCAGCCGCCGAGUAUAUCGCAGGCGGCUAAAUUGACGCCUCAGCCGGCGUCGCAGCUGACGCAGGCAGUGAACAAUCUGCACGUGCUGGCGGCGGGAGGCGGCGAGCGCCUUGCGCAGAUGCAUCUGCAGCAGCAGAUGGUGAAUUUUCAGAAUCAGACCCUUCUGUUCCAGCAGCAGGCGGGCAAUCCAUCGGGGGAGCCUCUGGCACUGACGCGCGUUGUGGCUGAGGCAGCGGCCAAGCAGGCCAAUGGAAGUGUCUCAAUUGUGCCCCAGGCAGCAGCUCAUGGACCCUCCAUGGCCCAUCAGCUCCACACGACAUCUCUGAAGUUGACGUAUCAGAUGCAACACAAGCCGGCUACUACGAGUCAGCCGCCGGCUCAUAUGUCCUCUCAGCCGACCAGUGUCCAGCAGCAACAUCACACGGCCACCGUGGCCGCGGCUUCGCAGGCUCAGGUACAGCAUACGCCGGCGGGCAGUCAGCAGCCGGUGGUGAGUCAGCAAAAGGUGCCAUCGCCACAGAAAGCCGCUCCGCCGCCCCAGACAAGAGCCCCCGUGGCCGUGGCCACGACAACAGCGGCUCAGAGUCAGCUGCAGGCCAACAAUAAUGUCCCCAAGGCACAAUCGCCGCAGCAGGUGCCGCAGACGCCGCCGAAGGCUCCCCAGCCGGCGCCUCAGAGCAGCAAAGUGGCCACUGUGGUGACUCCGUCGAAGACGACAAUGAAGCUGGCCACAGUCACGACGCCGCGCAUCAAGCAGACGGCUAGGAAGAAUCAGGCAGCUCUCACGAGGCCACAGAGUAACUUUGCCGCCGCGGCUGAAGCGGCUGCGGCCACGAAGCCUUCGACAUCGGCAGCACCGGGAAGUGCAGAAAAAGCGGCUGUGCCGAAAGUUGUGGCAGCUCCGCCGGCAGCUCCGCCGGCCGUGCCGGAGAAGGAGAAAGAGAAGGAGAAGCCGAAAGAGGUGGUAAAGGAGGCACCGCUGCCGAAGAAGGAGAAACUGACACCGCCUGCUAAGACGACGCCCAAACAGUCCGGAAGUGUUUCAACAUCGUCGGAUGAUUCGUCGCCGCUGGCGGCCAGAUUCAAACGAAGUCGCACUCGAACAGUGCCCUACCAGAGUCCACUGCCCGAGUAUGCACUUCUGUCCAAGCUAUCCUAUGCCGAGAGCAGCUCCAGUGGCAGCAAGAACAGCGACGAUAAACUGGUGCUGUUCUACAAGAGUGAAUUUAUGGCAGUGAGGAAUGCCGAAGGAGGCUUCUUCCUCUGUCAGGCUCAGCACAAUGUUUACAAAUCCAGUCCGAGGAUUCGUAUUCAGUGGCUGUCGGAGGAGAAAGCCAACUCCACCAUGUACAUUCCCGAUUUCUAUGAUAUCACCGAUCUGGAUUGUGUGCUGACGAGUGUGGAGUUGAAGAAGCAAGCCAAGAAGCUGUACAAGUUGCCAGAGAAGGAAUUGGAAAGGAUACAGAAUAUCCUGAAGAAGGCAUUAGAUGUGGAGAAGGGAAUAUUGCCCAGACCUGAUGUCACAGAAGAGAAUCCCGAUGGAUUGGAUCUGUCACUCUACAAGGAUGAAUCCCAGCUGGAACGUUCGCCGAAGAAGCGCUCAGGGAGUGUUUCCAAGACACCAAAACGCACCAAGAGGACCAAAGUUGACGAUGAGACGCCAAAGAGGGUGUCAGCACGCACGAAAUCGCCGCGGAAGAACUUUGCAGAGUCGGACUUUGAGUUGUCGGAGGAUGAGGAGCCACCAAAGAUGCCAAAGUCCGGGGCAGCUUCUGCAAGAGUGGGACGACCACCGAAGCAGGCGACGAUGCCAAAGGUGGCACCAGCAAAGAAGACACCAGUUUCAACACCGACUAAGUCUCCUGCAAAGAGCAAAGAGUCCCCAAAGGAGGAACUGGCAGCAGUGGAAGUUGUAGUGCCCAAGGAGAUAAAGCCACGCGGGAGGAAGAGAAAAAAUUCACCAGUUGAUCCCUUGGCUCUGCCUCUGGCCAAAAAGACGCCCGUUCAGACGCUCCCGGACACUCCAGCUGCAGCGUCUGCGGCCAAGGGGGCAUCAGUAUCAGCUCAGAAGAAAUCUCAAACCAAUUCAUCUGUUGCUCAGAGUACAAAAAAGCCAGCGGCUAAAGGGAAAAAAGCAGAAGCUGUGCCGGAAGCUGCCAAGAAAUCAGCCAUUUCGCCACUACAACAAUCCAAGGUAUCGCCAAAGGCCAAGGUUGGCAAGGCGCAAGACACCGUCAAGGAAGCAGCAGCAGGUGGUCGAAUGACACGGGGCAGAAAGGUUAAAAAUCAAAUGAUGGGCGUGACUAAAUGAUUAGAAGAAUGUGUCAACGGUUCAUAAACUAUUUUGUGUUCAACUCUGAUUUUUCAGAGUUGCCAAAAAAUCCAAAUGAAAGCUGAAAAUCUGGAAAAUCAGGUGCAAUUUUCGCAGAAAUUGAAAGAAAAAAUUAAAGUUGCUACAAGGGGCAGAGGAGGAAAAAGUGUGAAGUAAAUUAAAGUGAAGAAGUGAUUUGUAAUUGACAAGAGGAUCUUAAAAAAAAGAUAAAUUCUCCCUGAAAAAGAAAAAAAAUGGGAGAAUAAUUGCAAUAUUGUAGGAUUUGUGCGUAGGAAGAUGAUGAAUGUGGGCGUUUCUUUGACAAACAAACAAACAAAAAAUAUAUAUUGUAUUUCACUGAUUCUACCAAUUUUAUAUUUAAGGCUAAUUAAUAUAUUUGUGUAUUUUUUUCUUUCUUUCUUUCUUUCUCAAAUACUAAGCACGAAAGAGAUAGGAUUUUUGGUAGACUUAAUUAUUAAAAAAAAAGAAAUGGUUAAUUUAGAAAGUUUUAUCUCCUUUUAAACCACACGCAAAAGUAAUAAUAAUUAAAAAAAAGAAA